AUGUGUGUGGCUUGGUGUCCUGCUGACAUGUGUGUGGCUGGUGUCCUGCAGACAUGUGUGUGGCUGGUGUCCUGCAGACAUGUGUGGCUUGGUGUCCUGCAGACAUGUGUGUGGUGUCCUGCAGACAUGUGUGUGGUGUCCUGCAGACAUGUGUGUGGUGUCCUGCAGACAUGUGUGUGGUGUCCUGCAGACAUGUGUGUGGUGUCCUGCAGACAUGUGUGUGGCUGGUAUCCUGCAGAUGUCGCCGGCUCCUACAGCCAGAGCCCUGUUUGCCGUCAGGUCGUGAUCGCAGAGGGUCGGGGUGCCUGA